AUGAUAAUUAACUAAGAUUCUUAGAAGGUUUCCAAUAUUAAUAAGAAAAUAAAAAAGAAAUAAUUAGUUAAACAAACUUAAAAGAUUGAAGAACCACAAUAAGAAAAUGAAUAAUAAUUACAAUAAUCUGAGUAGGAAGAAAAAAUCAAAAUAUCAAAUCUAGAUUAAUUUGAAGAAUAAUCUUAAUAAACUAAAAAUAUGAAUACAGCUAUUUUGUCAGAUAAAAGUUUUAAUGAUUUCACUCUUUGUGAACCUACUAAAAAAGCAUUAGAAAAAAUGAAUUUCACAAAAAUGACACAUAUAUAAGCAAGAACCAUUCCACAUUUAUUAAAAGGUAGAGAUGUUUUAGGAGCUGCAAAAACUGGUUCAGGUAAAACUUUAGCUUUUUUGGUUCCAGCAUUAGAAUUAAUCUAUAAAAAUUAAUUUUAAUAAAAAAAUGGAACUGGUAUCAUAGUUCUCACUCCUACUAGAGAAUUAGCUUAGUAAAUAUUUGAUGUUGCUAAAGAUCUUCUAUUCUAUCAUUAAAAAACUCUAGGAUUACUUAUUGGAGGUGCUAAUAGAAAGGAAGAAGCUAUUAGAUUAUAAAAAGGAGUUAAUAUAUUAAUAGCUACUCCUGGUAGAUUAUUAGAUCAUUUAUAGAAUACUAAAGGAUUUAUUUAUCAUAAUUUAUAAUGUUUAAUUAUAGAUGAAGCAGAUCAAUUAUUAAAAAUUGGUUAUGAAGAGGAAAUGAAUGAAAUUCUUAAAUUAUUACCAAGUGAAAGAUAAACUGUAUUGUUUUCAGCUACUUAAACCAAAAAAGUUGAUGAUUUAGCUAGAUUAUCACUUAAUUAACCUAUAUAUAUUGGUGUUGAUGAUAUUGCUUAGGAAGCUACAGUUAAUGGAUUAGAAUAAGGUUAUGUUAUUGUAGAGUCAGAUAAGAAAUUUUUACUUUUAUUUACAUUCUUGUAACUCAAUUCAGAUAAAAAGAUAAUGGUUUUUAUGUCUUCUUGCAAUUCAGUCAAAUUUCAUGCAGAAUUACUUAAUUUUGUUGAUAUGCCUGUUCUUGAUAUUCAUGGAAAAUAAAAGUAAAGUAAACGAACUAAUACUUAUUAUGAAUUCUGUAAUGCUAAAAAAGGAGUUCUAAUAUGUACUGAUGUUGCUGCUAGAGGUUUGGAUAUACCAGAAGUUCAUUGGAUUAUAUAAUAUGAUCCUCCUGAUGAUACAAAGGAAUAUAUUCAUAGAGUUGGAAGAACAUGUAGAGGACUCAAUUCUUCAGGUAAAGCGUUGAUAUUCUUAUUACCUGAAGAAAAAGGAUAUUUGGCUCAUUUAAAAUUGGCUAAAGUUGUUAUGAAUGAAUUUGAGUUUCCUGAAGAGAAAUUAGCAAAUAUUUAAGAUUAAUUUGAAAAGUUAAUAGAGAAGAAUUAUUUUUUAAAUAAAAGUGCUUUUGAAGCUUAUCGUUCAUAUUUACAUGUAUGAUUGUUUCUUAUAUUUUUAGUCAUAUUAAUCACAUAGUCUGAAAGAUGUUUAUGAUGUCAAUAAUUUAGAUCUUGCUAAAGUUUCAAAGUCAUUUGGAUUUAAAUGUCCUCCUAGAGUUUCUUUAAGUAAUUAAAUGUUAUAUAUAUAUAUAGAUAUUAAGAUUGCUAGUUCAACAAAAAGAAAAUAAAAGGUUCAAUCUUUUAUGAAUAAUAAGAAACCUGGAUAAUGGAAUAAAAAAUAGUAAACAGAUGGAAGAUAAUUUAUGAGAUGA